UAUGUGAUUUUGUUUCUCUUCCAGGAGAACUUCCUGUCCAACCCAGUGAGUCUGUGGGAUGGAUACCCUCAUACCCUGAUGCCGUUCCAGAUGAAGUUCUAUUUCAUUGGUCAGUUGGGCUACUGGCUUCACACCCUCCCCGAGCUCUACUUCCAAAAGACCAAGAAAGAGGAUAUUCCCCGGCAGUUGAUGUAUACCGCUCUGUACUUGGUCAACAUCGCAGGAGCGUACAUCCUCAAUCUGAAUCGUCUGGCUCUGGUCCUGCUGGUGUUCCACUACUUUGUAGAGCUUCUCUUCCACGUGUCCCGCCUGCUCUACUUCAGCAACGAGAAGAGACUGACUGGGUUCACCAUCUGGGCGGUGCUGUUUGUCCUUGGACGGCUGCUCACCCUGUCCCUGUCUGUCCUGACUGUGGGUUUCGGCCUUGCCAACGCUGAUCAACAGGGACUGGACCUGGCCAGCGGAAACUUCAACGUGCUCAUAGUUCGGAUCACUGUGCUGGCGACCAUCUGUGUGACUCAAGCCUUCAUGAUGUGGAAAUUCAUCAACUUCCAGCUGAGGAGGUGGAGAGAGCAGGCCCAGCCCCAGGCCCAGCCCCAGGCCCAGCCCCUGAAACCCAAGAAGCCCCAAGCUCCCAAGAGCAAAUCCAAGAAGGACAGAGCCAAUGGAGUGAACGGAGUGAGUUCCAACGGAGCCGAUUCGCCGAGAGCAAAGAAAGAGAAGUCUUCUUAACUCCCCCCCCCCGUUCCUCCAACCUACACCCCUUUCACCUCAAAAAUACACCCUUUUCUCCUGUCCCCCUCAGGCUGCAUCCAGCCUUCUCAUUCCAUCUGCUGUCUACGGCCCAAUCCCAAAUCGACCCUAGGCCCUACGCACUUGUGGAGAUCUAAGAGGAUUUGAUUGAUUCAAGGAGUAUGGUGACACUUCCCCCUAGCCAAUCAGAGGGCCAGUUGGAGGUACGGUGUCACUUCCCCCUAGCCUAUCAGAGAGCCAGUUGGAGCUAUGAACAUAUUGAUUACACCUGUCAUAUAAUCUCAGAUCCCCUCAAAGUACAUAGGGUGUAGGGUCUAGGGGUUAAUUUGGGAUUGUUAAUCUACCACAGCUACUAAAGGAUGACGACUCCUUCCAGCAGGACUACAAGAUCCACAAUGCAUCUUGGUUUUAUUUCUGCUUGUUGCCAAUCUCUAGUGCUGACCAUUCCCACAAUCAUUGUGACACUGAUGUGCCAUUAUUACAGAAAAAGAAAACCCAUAAAAAAAAAUAUACAAAAAAGUUUGAACAAACAAUAACUUAUUUAAAAGUGCCUAUUGAUGCAUCCUGUACAAAAUGUGCAGCUUGAAAAUGUCAGGAAUUAUAAAAACUCAGUGUUUCAGUAAUCAGUUUUUUUUUUUUCCCCAAAGUCAAAAGAUGUUCUUUAUCAGACUGUGUGACAUUUUCUGUUUCUUUAACAAAAAGGGCUUCUUUAAUUUCCUUCGCAUUAGUUUGGAGUCAGUAAAAGAGAAACCCUGUGCGCGUGCUUACCUUGAAAUGACCCGACUUCCUCCUUUUCAUUAUUUCAUCAACACAGACAGGUUUCUGGAAUGGAUAGGUUUAAUUGGUUCCACUGUAUGGCUUUAACCAACCCGUUUGUGUGCUUCCCAAAUCUCACCUUAUUCCCUAUUAUAGUGGUCCACUUUUUUACCAGAGCUGUAUGGGCCCUGGGCAAAAGUAGUGCACUACAUAGGGAAUAGGGUCCCAUUUGAGUCGCAGACAUUCUCUCAGGACACUGGCAGUGAGAAUGCAGGGCAGGGAACGAAAAUAGGAAGCCAUUCUAAAGUAUUUAGACUUUUUGUUGUUGCUUUUCAAGCCUUUUGCUUUGGUGCUGUGAAAAAGGCCCGGGCCCUGUUUGAGUUAAUGCAUCCUGUGGCCUUUCCUUUUGCUGAAGUAAUCACUGAUCUAACGUGGUUGGAUAGGGCUGUUUAGCCCAAACCCAGUCAAUUGGCAGGAUCAGUGGUCCCUAUGAAGGGAGAAAAUAAUUAUUGGGCUGGAUCCCGAAUGACACCCUAUUCCCUAUAUAGUGCACAGAGCCUCUAUGGAAUCAG